AUGAUGGGCCCGUCCGGCGCCGGCAAGUCGUCGCUCCUCGACGUCAUCUCGGGCCGGCAGAAGGACUACACGGGGUCGGUUCUGGCCAACGGCCAAAAGUGGACCAAGCAAAUGAACAAGUACGCGUCGUACGUCAUGCAGGACGAUGUGUUCUACGAGACGCUGACUGUCAAGGAGCACCUCCUCUUCCAGGCCGAGCUCCGCAUGGGCAAGACCUUUGACGCCGCCCAGCGCGAAGCACGCGUCAACUACGUCAUUGAAGAGCUCGGUCUCGACAAGUGCCGCGACACCCAAAUUGGUGGCGGUCGUAUCCGCGGUAUCUCGGGCGGUCAGCGCAAGCGCCUCAGCUUUGCCACCGAGAUCUUGACCAACCCGUCGCUUCUGUUUGUGGACGAGCCAACGUCGGGUCUCGAUAGCUUCAUGGCCGAGUCGGUCAUUCUGCAGCUGCAGAAGCUCGCGCGCGAAGGCCGCACGGUCAUUGCGACGAUCCACCAGCCGUCGUCAGAGCUGUUUGUGCUCUUUGAUCGUCUGUACCUUCUCUCGGACGGCCAACCGAUCUACAACGGCAAGGCGUCGGACGCGGUCGAGUACUUUGCGUCGCAGGGCUACCAAUGUCCCAACUACAUGAACCCGACCGACUACUUUAUGCGCCAAAUGAUUGUGCUCGACGCCAAAUCCGAGGCGGCCGCCCGCGUCGACAAGCUCGUCGCCAACUGGCGCGCCCGCAGCCACGCGAUCGCCAACGACGGUGACGUCAAGGACAACUCGGACGGCUCGAGCGACGCCAGCGACACGGUGUACGAAAGCUCGCACCUCGGCACGUUUGGCUCGAUGCGCGUGCUCUGCAAGCGCAACGUGACGCGUCUCGUGCGUGACUCGCUCGCGUUCAAGGCGCGCCUCGGCCAGAGCAUCAUCAUCUCGGUCGUCGUCGGCUUGAUCUUCCGCCAGCUCGAGCUCUCGCAGACCGGCAUCCAGUCGUUCACGGGCGCCAUCUUCUUCAUCGUCGUCAACCAGUUUUUCAGUGCGACGACGCCCGAGUUUGCGUCCGUUCCGCUCGAACUGCCCAUCAUGAAGCGCGAGUACAACGGCGGCCUCUACCGGUCGUACGUCUGGUACAUUGCCAAGAACGUGAGCGAGCUCGUGAUGCAGUUCUUCUUUCCGCUCAUCUUUUUGAUCCCGGUGUACUUCAUGGUUGGCUUUGGCGCGUCCAACGCCGGUCUCUUCUUCACGUUCUACCUCUUCAUCGCGCUCCUCUCGAGCUCGGCGACCGGCCUCGGCUACAUGGUGUCGUGCAUUGCCAAGACGCCCGAGAUCGCACCGAUCAUUGGCAUCCUCAUCAUCCUCCCGUUCCUCAUCUUUGGCGGCCUCUUCAUCAACACCAACAACGUGCCCGUCUACUUUCGCUGGCUCGAGUUUAUCUCGCCGAUGAAGUACGCCUUCCGCGGUAUCUCGCGCGCCUUCUGGAACUCGAUCGACACGAUUCCUUGCGACACAGCCGUCGAGAGCUGCGUCGCGACGACGGGGGCCCAAGUGCUCGCGAACCUUGGCCUUGACAAGAAGAGCAUGGGCUACGACAUUAUCUUUUUGGUCUGGAUCAACCUCCUCUUCCGGUUCAUUGGCAUUGUGGCCCUCUGGAUCACGCUCCGCAAGAAGAACUAGGUGUCUAUCAGAUAAAUUUAUAUAAACUAAAUCUCUUUUCAC